AUGGCAACCAAGGUCUAUGACGCGUCUAAUUUGAAAGCAUACGGCAGUGCUGCUGCUGGCCACGAUGGUGUUCUCAGCGAUGAUUCCGGUGGUGUAGUAGUAAAGCCCUGCACUCUCGCCGAGAUCACCUUUUACGAAUCCCUCACCGACCACCCAGACCUCGCGCGUCAUCUCCCCACCUUCAUGGGCCAACUUUCCCUCUCAGCCGACCAAGCCGCCGCCUCAGAAUCCGUCGAAAGCGGCACUAUACAAACAGCCGAUGGCACGAUCGAGCGUUUGCACGGCAAGAAACUCGCUACAGAUCUUCAUAUCGUGCUAGAGAACAUUACGCAUGGAUUCAAGAAACCAAAUGUUCUGGACCUGAAGCUUGGCGCGCAGCUUUGGGAUGAGGCUGCGAAGCCAGAAAAGAGGGCGCGGCUAGAUGCCGUGAGUAAGGAGACUACAAGUGGUAGCCUAGGCUUCAGGAUAGCAGGUAUGCGCACGUACAAGGGCAGUGACGUACCCAACGUUCCCGAGGAUCUGAAAGAGUAUGUGGAGACGGAUAAGGAGGGCGGGUAUUGGGUGUACAACAAGAUGUAUGGACGCAAGUUUAGCGCCAAGAAUGUGAGCGACGGCUUCACAGACUACAUUUUCCCUGGCGCCAAGUCAGAAGCGGAGCUUGAUCGGGCGAGAGAGGUGCUCGCGUACUUUCUAGGCGAGGUCAAGGAUAUCCAAGAGGUCUUUGAAAGCAAAGAGAGCAGGAUGUACAGCGCAAGUAUACUGCUAGUAUACGAGGGUGAUGUAGAGGAGUACGCAAACACUAAGCAGAAGCUACGAUCUGCGCACCCGGAAGACGAAGAUGAAGACGAUGAGGAGACUCUGCCUAAGCUGGCUGAAGUCAAGAUGAUUGACUUUGCGCACGCGACGUGGGCGCCAGGGCAAGGGCCGGAUGAGAAUGCACUGCAGGGUAUGAGGAGCACGGCAACGAUAUUGAAGGAGUUGCUAGACAAGGCGCAACACGACUAG